CCCACUAUCAGUGUUCAAACUCUUACAGCGAGAUCCUUGGCGGCUUUUAUAUUGACCCCUCUCUCUCUCUCUCUCUCUCCUGUCAAUUGUAUAUAUAUACGUGUAUCUAGUUCUCAGUUUCACAUUUGAACUCAAUUAUUUAUUUCUGUGUUGGGCUGGAAGCCGGUAACAAGCUCCCACUUGGUGCUUCAAUUACAAACCCUACAAUCUCAGAUCGGUUAAGAAGGUGUGUGUCUGGAAGGUUGUAUGAGAUUUUUGAAUUUACAGCACUUAUCUUGAGGGGUGAAGAGAAAGAGAUUGGUUCGUCUGAAUUUCAAGGUCUGUAUUGAGUUUAUUAAGGGGGUUCAAGAUCUAUAUGGUGUUUUCUAAGGAGGAGCAUUCGGGAAUUAUGUUUUCAUUUCAGAAACGGAAGUGCUCAUGGUCUCUGGUUGCAUCUGUUGCUUCCAUUUUGGCAUUAGUUUCAGUAGUUCAUCUAUUCUUGUUUCCUGUGGUUCCUUCAUUUGAUUACUUGCGCGCUAAGCAUGCUCAAAAUGCCUGCAUCCCACUAGAUGAAUCAAUAAACGGAAGCAAAGGCAAUGUUCUGCAAAGUUCACAGCCCGUUCUUAACUUCGAUGUACAAUUUCCGGCUGACUUGCAUAAGGCAGUGGUUUACCAUAGUGCUCCCUGGAAAGCUGAUAUUGGCCGGUGGUUAUCUGGUUGUAAUCCAAUUACAACAGCAGUCAAAGUUGUUGAGAAUAUAGGGGGCAAGAGCUGCAAAAAUGACUGUAGUGGUCAAGGCAUUUGCAAUCUUGAACUGGGUCUAUGUCGAUGCUUUCACGGAUUCAGCGGGGAAGGGUGCUCUGAAAGAUUGCACCUGGAGUGCAAUUUUCCAGGAUCAGAGGACCUACCAUAUGGGCAUUGGGUCGUCUCGAUAUGCCCGGCUUAUUGUGACACAACAAGAGCAAUGUGUUUCUGUGGGGAAGGCACUAAAUACCCAAACCGACCUGUUGCUGAGGCAUGCGGGUUUAAAAUAAACUUACCUUCUGUACCCGAGGGUCCCAAAUUGACUGACUGGACAAAAAAUGACCUGGAUAAUGUUAUGACAACAAAUGGUAGCAAACCUGGGUGGUGUAACGUAGAUCCAGCUGAUGCAUAUGCUUCCAAGAUUCAAUUCAAAAAGGAAUGUGAUUGCAAAUAUGAUGGUUUGUGGGGGCGAUUUUGUGAGGUGCCUGUGCUUUGCACAUGUAUUAACCAAUGCUCUGGCCAUGGACAUUGUCGCGGUGGAUUUUGUCAGUGUGAAAAUGGAUGGUACGGAAUAGAUUGCAGUAUUCCAUCUGUUUUGCCGUCCAUAAGAGAGUGGCCUCAAUGGCUUCGACCAGCUCAGAUUAACAUUCCUAAUACUACAAAAUAUGUUGGGAGUCUUGUCGGUCUCACUGCCAUGGUUGAAAAGAAAAGGCCCCUUGUGUAUGUUUAUGACUUGCCUCCAGAGUUCGGUAGUCUUCUGCUUGAGGGGCGGCAUUUCAAGUUUGAGUGUGUAAACAGAAUAUAUGACGAGAAGAACGCUACAUUGUGGACCGAUCAGUUGUAUGGGUCACAGAUGGCAUUUUAUGAGAGUAUCCUAGCUAGUCAUCAUCGAACAUUGAAUGGCGAAGAAGCUGACUUUUUCUUUGUUCCCGUUCUUGAUUCAUGCAUUAUAACCCGUGCUGAUGAUGCACCCCACUUGAGCAUGGAGAAACACAUGGGGCUAAGGAGCUCUCUAACUCUCGAGUUUUAUAAGAAGGCACAUGAUCACAUUGUGGAGCAAUAUCCCUUCUGGAACCGCUCAUCAGGAAGAGACCACAUUUGGUCCUUUUCUUGGGAUGAAGGUGCAUGCUAUGCUCCCAAGGAGAUAUGGAAUAGCAUGAUGUUGGUCCACUGGGGAAAUACAAACUCAAAGCAUAACCACUCGACAACCGCAUAUUGGGCUGACAACUGGGACCAAAUCUCUUCUGACAGAAGAGGCAACCAUCCCUGCUUUGACCCGGAUAAAGAUCUUGUCCUUCCUGCAUGGAAAAGACCUGAUGUAGAUGCCCUGAGCUCAAAACUUUGGGCUAGGUCCCGUGAGAAACGGAACACGUUGUUUUACUUCAAUGGAAAUCUAGGAUCAGCUUAUGAACACGGAAGACCAGAAGACACGUAUAGUAUGGGUAUCAGACAGAAAGUGGCAGAAGAGUUUGGAUCAACUCCUAACAAGGAAGGGAAACUUGGGAAACAGCAUGCUGAAGAUGUGAUUGUGACCCCGCUACGUUCUGAUAAUUAUCACGAGGCUUUGGGCAAUUCUGUCUUUUGUGGGGUUAUGCCUGGAGAUGGUUGGAGUGGUCGUAUGGAAGACAGUAUGUUACAAGGCUGCAUUCCUGUUGUCAUUCAGGAUGGGAUCUACCUUCCAUAUGAGAAUGUCCUCAACUAUGAAAGUUUUGCUGUGCGGAUAGGCGAAGAUGAAAUUCCAGAGUUGAUAAAAAUUCUCAGGGGAUUCAAUGAAACAGAAAUAGAAUUCAGGCUGGCAAAUGUACAGAAGAUUUGGCAGAGGUUCUUAUAUCGUGAUUCGUUUUUGCUUGAGGCUGAGCGUCAGAAAGCUGCAUUUGGACAGGUGGACGAUUGGGCUGUGGAGUUCUUGCAGCUAGGUGAAGAUGAUGUUAUUGCCACUGUGAUACAGGUUUUACACUACAAGUUACACAGUGACCCUUGGAGGCGACAACUUGCUCGUACUAACAAGGAGUUUGGGUUACCACAAGAAUGCAUGAUGAAGAACUGAUUGAAGAGUUGUACCAUAAUACCAUAAAUACUAGCUUUACAAUGACUUGGGAGCGGUUUGAUAGGAAGAAGCAGACGCCUUUGCCCCCUUGACAGGAAAAUGCAGAUUACAUGUGCAUUCCGGAAUGUUUCCAAUUGUUUGUUUCCGCGGUGCUCUUGAGUGGAUAGAAGACCUACGAUUGAAAUUUAGGUACGGAAUUUGGUAAGCUGUAGCAACCAUUGUACAGUUCCUAUAAUACAGGGUAGCGUCCAUAUGGAAGCCAUGUUUCUGAAGGGGUAGCUACCCAGUUUUUGCCAAAGAGAAGUAUAGGAAAGUGUUGAUAUCUUAGUUUCGAAAAAUUCAUAUAGACGUGGCAUGAUGAACUUGUGUGUUUUAUAUAGACUGGAAAAAGAGAAAAAUCAGACAGCAAUUUCCUUUUUGAUUUCUCCGUCGUAUCUUCAAAUAGAUGACAAAAUUUUCGUAUCGAAGUUAUUUACGUGCGAACGUUAAAUUGAAAAUCAAUGUAUCGACGGACCACUGCGAAUGUGUUGGAUGUACUUGCGUUGGCUUUCCUGUGAAUGGAAUAUUUGGAAUAUGAUCCGGAUGACGAAUAUC